CAUGCGCUGUCCCUAAUGUAUUGUCUAUGGUGAAAAAUCGGGAAGAGACCGAGGCUUCUUGAGAAGAGAGCACCGUCUGUAAAGAUGAGGCAACCAGGAAGUGUUCCAGCUAUUUAGCCGUCGCUUCUAGCAAUGUCUGUUAUGAAACUACUGGACACCACCCUAGGAAAAGCGACCGGGCUCUUAACUGUCAUAAUUGUUGUCAUUGCAGCGCUUUUUAAUUAUUUCGACGACCCUGAUCCGGUUAAAUACAUCAGCAUGGCUGAGGACAUGAAGACUCUGGGGGAAAACUUCAGGCAGCAAAAUAAAAGCUGUUUCAUCCUUGGCGCCUCUGGGGAAACGGGCAGGAUGUUGCUUCAAGACCUGCUGGGGCGAAACAUCUUCUCCAAGAUUACCCUCAUUGGAAGGAGACAGCUCACCUUUGAGGACAAAGCAUAUGAAAACUUGGUACAAGAGGUGGUGGACUUUGAGAAGCUUGACGCUUAUGCUGCAUCCUUCCAGGGCCAUGAUGUUGGCUACUGCUGCCUGGGAACAACCAGAGCAAAAGCAGGGACUGAAGGAUUCAUCCGCGUUGAUCAUGACUAUGUUCUAAAAUCAGCCGAGCUCGCCAAGGCAGGAGGCUGCGCACAGUUCCACCUGGAGUCCUCCAGAGGAGCCGAUAAAAACAGCAACUUCCUCUACCUCAAAGUCAAGGGACAAGUGGAAGCAGAAAUUGAGGCGCUGGCUUUUGACAGAUAUGCCAUUUACAGACCAGGGGUUUUGUUAGUAGACAGGCAGGAGAGUCGGCCUAGUGAGUGGAUGGCCAGGAAAUUCUUCGGUGCCGUUUCUGCCGUUUGGUCUACGUCCAUGUCCGUCCCAAUCCAAGUGGUGGCAACAGCGAUGGUGUCAAACACUCUGCUUCAACCUGAGCAGAAGACGGAGAUCCUGGAGAACAAAGCCAUCACCGCUCUGGGAAAGAGUGUCGGGAAAUAAGACAGAGCAGGACGUACAUUGAGGUCAUUUCAACAGACUACAUACUGCAAACACUAUUCACCUCAUCGUUGUGCCAGAGGAUACUUGAACAUUGAGCUCAAUUGAACAUGAAUUUCUCCAUGUAUUUUACAAUUGUCAGAAAACCAAAGGGUGUUUGUAUUAAAGUAUGUGUAUGUCUGCUGUGAUCUUAGUGGAGAAAACUACUUGAGAAGAUAGCAAAAUAUUAAAGCUUGAAAUUGUGUUUGGGUUUAAUUUCUUUGGUCUUGAAUUAUAUUGUUAUAUUUUCAUCGGGGAACUAUUGCCAGGCUUUUUGAUGUGCUUCUUAACUGCCUUACAAUAAAUGCUUAAAUGUAUUCGACACUACGUCUAAUAUUGGAUGCCCUUAACAUGUUUCCAUUAAAUUAUUAUAAAUAUUUAACUGUUUUGAUUUAGCAAAAUGUUUUUGAAUAAACUUUGUUGAUGAUUAA